AUGACAUCCGUUUUCAAGAAUGGGCGCAUCUUCAUCCCUUCGCAAGCCUCGAAUAAUGAGGGGAAUUUUGCCGAGAGCAUGAUCAUCGAGAAUGACAAGAUCUCCCAUGUCGGCUCUCUCGACGGAAUAACUAUCCCGGAAAAUGCAAAUGUCAUUGACCUGGAAGAUCGGACUGUUAUUCCAGGCUUCAUCGACGCCCAUGUACACCUCCUGCAUUACGGGCAGUCAUUGCGCAAGGCCGAUCUCAUCGCAUGCACCUCACUCGAUCAAAUCCGUGCAGUCAUCAAAUCUUACGCCGAAGCCCAUCCUUCUCUGCCGCAUAUCCUAUGCAGAGGCUGGAUCCAAUCAUCUACCAAUGGAGUCGCACUAGCAAGUAUGCUGGAUGGUAUCGACUCACGUCCCAUCUUCAUUGAUUCCUUCGACCUCCACUCCAUGUGGUGCAGCGCAGCUGCUCUCGAUGAGAUGGGGGUUCAUACUGCCCCUGAUUUUCCCGGUGGAAGAAUCCACCGCGAUGAAAAUGGAAGAGCUUCAGGGCUGCUUGACGAAUCUGCCGUUGUGAACCUUGCAUGGCCGUAUCUAGAAAGUGUUACGUCCACGGAAGACAAACUGAGUGCCUUGGACACUGCAGUCGCUGCAUACACCGCUGCCGGGUAUACCGGAGUAGUAGAUAUGGCCAUGGACGAAGGAACCUGGGAGAUUCUGAAUCUCUACCGUCGCGAUCAUACCAUCCCAUUCCACAUCGGCGUUCACUGGCUCGUCCCCUUCUCAGCGGAUCAAAAUGCCAACUUCAAACACCUCGAUCGAGCAAUCCAGCUACACCGGGAGUACAACCAGCCCGAUUUCCAUGUCCUCGGAAUAAAGCUCAUCUGCGACGGUGUCGUCGACGGAUGCACUGCCGCUCUCCUCCAACCGUACACUGGUAAAUCCGAUCCCGUCGAGCCAAUCUGGCCAGAGGAUAUGCUCCAAGAAGUAGUCCAGCGUGCCGACUCAGCGGGAAUCCAAUGCGCAAUUCAUGCCAUAGGCGACAGAACUAUCCAUCAAGCAAUCAACGUGCUGUCGAGAGUCGGCACGCCAGGCCGGAGACACAGAAUCGAGCACCUGGAGCUGACGACCUCAGAAGACGCCAAGCGACUCGGUCAGCUAGGUAUUACCGCCUCGAUCCAGCCUGUGCACUCGGAUCCGAUGCUUUUCAAAGCCUGGCCUGGCCUUGUGGGCCCUGAGCGCUGUAAGCGCGCGUUCGCCUACAAGGAGUUUCAAGAUGGAGGUGCCCCUAUUGCUAUCGGCACUGAUGCUCCUACUGCGGCUCAUUUCCCUUUCCCUAAUCUUUACAAUGCUACUACGAGGCGCUCGGCGCUUCAGACUGAGAUGGAUCAUACUGUAAACGAGCAUUUCAAGUUGGGGUUGGUUGAGGCUGCUACGGCUGCUACGGCUGGUGCGGCUUAUGCGCGGUUUGCUGAUUCCUGGACUGGGAGUCUGCAGAAGGGAUUAUAUGCGGAUUUCUUGGUUGUUGAUACGCAGUGGACGCCGGAGACAUUGCUUCAGGCGCGUGUCUGCCAAACUUGGUAUCGGGGGAAGAAGGUUUUUGAUUCAUGA